AUGAGUAAUGGUGAAAUAGUGGACAGAAUGUGGUUAGUUUAUUCAAAAACUACAGAUCGUGUUUAUUGUUUUGUAUGCAAACUAUUUGAGCCUACUUUAAAUACCUCCCUGGAAAAUGUUGGUUGUGAUGAUUGGGGACACCAGUCACAUUUAUUGAAAUGGCACGAAAGAAACAAAAAUCAUUAUAUAAAUACAACAAAAUGGAUAGAACUAAAAAAUAGACUUUCCUCAUAUCAAACUAUCGACAAAGAGUUUUUAGGUGUUUUCGAUAAAGAAAAAAGACAUUGGCGUGGGGUUUUGACUAGAAUUAUUGCAGUUAUUAAAUAUUUUACAAAACAUUCUCUGGCUUUUCGUGGAAAAUCAGAUGUCAUUUUUACAAAGAACAGCGGAAACUUUCUUGGACCAGUAAUAGGUGAGAACAUAUCAACAAAAUUAAAAACAAAGAAACUCAUGAUCGCUUCUUAG